GUCGAAACUGCUGCCGACAGUCCUACUAUACGGGGGCGAAAACACGGACUGUUCUCAUGACAUCGCCACAAGCUAGAUGCUUCUAGCCGGCAACAUGCCGCCAGACCCUCCCUCAGUGUGGCAGGGCGCAUAUACCCCUCGCCCGUUCAUCGAGGUCGAUUUUUCCGACAGUGUGGGUUGUGGCCAAAGGCUGCGAACCGAGUACAAACCCGUUAUAUGCUAAACUCGACUGCCUCAAGAACCUGCCCCCACUGCAUCUACCCAAGCUUCCAGACAUCCAGCAGCCAUGUUCCUCAUGCUUCGAUGCGUAUCAUGGAUAUUGUCACUGGCAGUUCUUGCCAGUUGCGACUACACUGCCAAACAAAUAGCUGGUUGGGAUAGGCCUCGUGCCGCCUUGAUACGCGACUAUGUGUAUCUGGAAGGAGGAAAGAUUCAAACCGGAGCCUGGAACGACAACACUGGUCAAUGGGUGAAUCCUCAAACCGUCAGCGUUACACAGGGAGCGUUGUUCAAUCUCAGUCUGCACGAAGCUUUUGGCGUGAACGAAGGAGAUGAUCCCGCCAAUUUCCAAAGUAUCCCGGAGGCUGGUGUGGACAACUUCUAUCUUGAUGGUUUCAUGUUUGCAAGCUAUAACGAAUUCUACGCAUGGGGUGGCAUGUUGUUGAACGCUCUGAACUCCGUGCUCCGAACUGUGCACGAUGUGCUAUAUGACGAGCCUGCCGGCAAGAGUGAUGCUGAUCUCGGAAUCCCUAAUACGGGCUACGAUCCUCAAAACUCCAACUUCCCGCACGGCGUGACAAACGGUGCUGGCGCCAAUGCACCAAGUGAGAAUAUAAGUUUCUAUUUCGGCGGCUUGUACAAUUCGGACGGCGCGAAAUAUGAUUACUUCAACCCGCCCACAGAUGAAGCCAAUUUCCUUAUCAGGGUGACGAUGGAUGAGAUUAGUUUUGCAGACUGGGCGAUUGUUUCUCCUCCCGACGAUGGAUCGAUCCCGUGGCGUGCGGAAGGCGGCCUUGUCUGGAUUCCGACCUCGACUCAGGGGAUACUGGUUGCCCUCGGAGGGGUUGUCAAGCCUGCCGAUACCGACUUUUAUGUCGCCCGAGACAAUGUCACCACUUCGAUGACCUUUUUGAAGAAUUUCCCCGUCUUUGAUAUCGGGUCAAGCACUUGGAGCCUUCAGCCACUCAGUGAAGGCUCACCGUUCCCCAACAAGCCGAUGGCGCAGUUUUGUACGGCGGUGGCAUCGGCAUCUGACGGUUCACACCAUGAGAUCUUCGUCUACGGAGGAUGGGACAGUAACAACGACACCGUCGCGAGCAGAGAUGUCUGGAUCUUGUCCAUCCCCUCGUUCACAUGGAUCAAGGCGGAUACUACUGGGCGCCAAGGGGAUCCAAGGAUAGGUCAUGUGUGUGUCACUCCCUACCCCGAUCAGAUGAUUGCUAUCGGAGGCACUACGAUAAGCGAGCAGCCUUUGACGACAAGUCGAACUGUGGACGUGUACAAUCUCAACACGCUGGAAUGGACGGGGUCCUACGAUCCAGACGUCCAUGAUGACUACAAGCCAAACCAAGUCGUUCUCAACGUCAUCUCUGCAACGCCAACAGCCAGUGGCAUGCCAUCCAACAUCGCCAGCUGGUUCGACAACAAAUACGACAUGAGCAAAAUCACCAACUUCGGACCUUACAAGAAACAACAACCUGCAACAACAAGCUCCAAUGGAACAUCCACACCGACUCCAGCGCCGCAUCACCAUAACCGGGGCUGGGUUGUCCCCGUCGCCGUGGUGGUGUCGGUGGUUGGUGGCCUGAUUCUUUUGGGAUGCUUGCUGUUCUUGUGCUUCCGCAAGCGCAUCCUCGAGCACCGCCGCAGGGUCCUCCGAGAGCGCGAAAACUCCAUAGCCGCAGGCAACCGUACGAGCUUUAUCCUCCCAUGGAUCUUCUCGACCAGCUCCGCUGGCGCGCCCAAAGAUGUAGGGUCCGACACCAUCACCGAAGUCGAGCCUGCAGGUUCACCUCCGGUCAUGGCCCCGGGCCCGCACGAGAUCGACAGCAGGAACAGAAACGACUACUUUGGAGGGAGCCAACCUCGGUGGUCGUCUUCGACGGCCGUCAGGUCCCCGCGCGCGGACUGGGAAGGCCCCGCCGAGGCACAGGACACGGGGAUCACACCGAUCCAUGAAGUUUCCGGGUCUCCCAUGUCCGAGAAGCCGGAUGGCAUCAACUAUCAAUUCCGCAACAUGGCCAUGUACCCUCCCAGCGUGGUGAGUACCGGCCACCACAACAUCGCAGCACCCCAGAGCGCGACCAUCUCGAACGCCGACGAGUCAGAGUCCGUGUCUGCUGCGGGUGCUGCGGCGCCGUCGUCUCCCCGUACCGCGUCCGCGACGAACAUGAGUUCACCGAGGGGCGUACCUACCAUUCCCGAAGACGGCGCCGCGACGACCCUCGACAGUAGCGACAACGGGACAGAGUCUGGACCCGGCGGUGCGGCCGUUCUGGGGGCGUUGGAUCCCGUCUCCCCCUUGACCAACAAACAACAAAGGCGACCCGUGCACAACCGACACAACUCGAGCGUCAGUAGCGGGGUGUCCAUCCCUUCGCCUGGUCUGGAUCAAUCGUCGGCGUUGCCUCCUAGGACGAGAAGUUUGUCGAUGGAAGAGAAUAUAGGGCAAGGUGAAGACAAAGGUAAUCGUACGCUGUAGUCACGGUGGUGAUCCAGGACGAGGACGAAGUCGGGAUAGCAGUGCAAUAUCCAGAGUGAUGAUGACCGAUAAUCCAUGAAGAGAAUGACAAUGAUAUUUCACGACACUCCUUCCAAACAAGAGCUUGGUGAAAAAUGAACUGUUGCAUGAGGGGAGGAUUCAUGUCUAGUUCUUUGUUUUUGGCUGGUUGGAGGAUACAAAAAU